AUGUCUGUAAUACAAUCAAAGCAGUCAAAAUGGCUGAAUCUCAGAAAUGAUGGAAUUACAGCUAAUAAUAAUGCAGAGCAAGCCCAGCAAGCCCAGCAGGUUCUGAAGACCCAGCAGCCUGUGCUGCCUGCCAACCCACUCUCACUCCACCCUCAGCAGCCCGCCAACCCGCCUGCACUCAUCCCCCCACAGCCACACCAGCAGCCUGUCAAUGCAUGGACACCAGAAUGUAGGCUACAGCUGCUGGUAGAACAAAUCAUCAGAGAUGGCAGUGGGAUCAUUGCACAGCUGUGA